AGUACAACUUCGUCUACGCGACCAUUCACGUCGCGAUUUCCAAAUUAUUUCUGAAACGUUUCAGUCAAAUUCGACGAGCCUCUCGUGCGUAAUUGGUGUAAACGAUUCGGCACGUUUCGAAGACUAAUUUAUUAUCUUUCUAUCACGCACAGGCGGUUAUCAAAAGACGGUUACCAAAAGAAAGGAAGAAACAUGUGUGUACGUACGUUGUUCGGUACCGAAAGUAGCGGGCCGGUAGUGGUAUACAAUAAUCAGAACAAGCUCCAAAAAGCAAAAGAGAAGUACAUGAAGCUACACGAUGAUCUGGUCACUAAGGAAUUGGAGAUGCUCAAACAGCGGAAGACUCAGACAGUCUUCAUACCAGAACUUGCUGAUGACAUCUUGAGGGCAAGCACCAUAAACUAUAGCUCACUUUUGAAAGCCUUGUCCAAUUACUAUGAAUCUAUACAACAAACUAAGAUUUUCAAAAUUCUAUUUUACACGACGCAACCGGCUCAUGUGAUUAUGAUCGCAGCAGUCCUAUGCGUGACAUCGGCUCUUGUACCAACUACUGACAGAAUACACGUUAGUCAUCCUCAAUCGAGAAUAGCAGCCUUUAUUUACCUAGCUUCAUUCGUGAUGCAUCUUGGUGCGCAAAUUUGGAUGACUUUUGUAUCAGGUCUCACCUUGUACUUCGCAUUACCAAGACACACGUUUGGGGAGGUGCAGCGUAUCCUGUUUCCAAGAUACUUCACCAUUAAUGCAUGCCUUAGUCUCACUACACUUCUUAUUUUCGUCAAACAUCAUCCUAUACACACAUGGAACACUGAAAUUGCCAUUCAGGUAGGUGGUAUGUCCAGUGCCUUUUUUCUGGAGCUAUUGAUACGACUCUACUUGACUCCGCCUCUUCUACGGCUAAUAGUACAGAAGAAUACUCUGGAACGUGCUGCUGGUGUCGGCAACGAGAUUGGUGUUCACAAUCCUGGUCCUCUGAAACACUGCCCCCACUAUUUAAAGAUUCAUCAAGCCUUUAGACGCGUCCAUGUUUAUAUAGCAAUGGGAAACAUGUUGACUAUGGGAUGUACGGUGUUACAUCUCCAUUAUAUAGCUAGUAAAUUAUGCUUUAUUUAAAAACACCGUUAGUCCCCUAAGUAAUGAGUUUUACUGAAUAUAUCUGUAUUCAGGAUCUUCUGAAGAGUACUAGUACGCUAGUACAUUAGCAAAGAAACGCUAAUAUGUGCUGCUUUCAACGUCAUAUAGUGUUUGCUUCUCAAUACAGAAGAUAUUUAAUGAAAAUAUCCAAUAUGUUCUUUGAAAGAAAAAGAGCAAUUCAUAAGGCUGAUGAAUAUGCUUGUAAAAGAGCGAAUUGAGUAUUCUAAAACGCGUUUAGAAUUCUCUACAUAUCCAAAAGGAUUGAAAAUACUGAACUUGAUCUAUAUCCCUGUAGAACGAGCGUUCAGUAAUUUAGGCAUUACAGUAAAAUGAAAAAUGUAUACUUUCUAGAAUUCUCCAAAAAGAACAUGAUCUAUGUUCAUAAUUUGAUUUGAUUAUGAUCAUAAUUUACUAUUAACGCGAUGCAUUAAUUAUAAUAAAAAUGUAACGAUACACGAAUGACGAUAAACGUAACUCUUUUACGUUUAACCGUCAGAUAAUUACUGUUUUGUCGUUGAUCACCUAAUCUCUUAUUUGUUCCUCUUUUUCUCCGGAAGAGAAAUGCAAUGUGCGUGUUUGUGGUUCGUACGUGUGCCUUCGGUUAAAAUUCAAGAGAAUCACUUGUCUAAGGAAUGAAUGAAUCAUGGAAUUAGUGAAAAAAACAAAAUAUACACUUUACAGUGAGAUAAAGUACAUGUCAUUAGCCCUUAUUUUUUACUUAUAUAUACAUAUAUAUGAAAUUUAAUGGAAUAUUCCUAGCGAGAACAAGAUAAAAUAGGUCUUGCCAAAGUUUAAUGUAAAUUAUUGAUAGGGAUAAUAUCUUUAAAAUUUAUUCGACGUAGCUAUAUGUAUAAAUAUGCCUUUUAACUAUUGACGUUAAAUUGAGAAAAAGGAAAGAAACGCAAGAUCAUUGACUAUGUUAAAUAAAUAGAUAGUGAAAGGCUUGCUCUGCAUCAGAGUUACUGAUAUUUAUUGAAAUAGCGAUAGCAUUAUAAUAGUUUAAUCCUAUAUCUGUGUAAAGUUAUCGGAUAUUUAAUGGAAAACGAACGGGAGAUUAUCGUGAAAAAUUAAUGUAUUAAUUGACUAAUAUUUUAUCUCGCACACACAUUUCAUUAUUGUAAAUAAUGCAUCUCGCUCAUUAUGUAGUUGUAAAUUAUAAAACACUUGAGUACCAAUAUAAAUCGUACUUUUCUAAAAGAUAAAUUGUACUAAUUAUGAAUCCUAUCAGGUUAUUCGGAAUAGAGAUAGUGUGAUCCUUAAUUAACGCCUCUGUUAUUAAUUAUGUUAGAAACUAUCGAAUUAAAUUAAUAACAUAUAAAAAGACUUAUCUUCGAUCAGAAUUUUGAUCGAUAAUUUCAUAAGUAAAUAUUUUAUUACUAAUACUAAUAUCACGAGCGCUACUGCUAUAACUUUUUUCAUUUUAAUAAAAGAACUCGAAAAUUUUCUUUCUUUUAUUAAAGUACGAAUAUGCAUUGCAUUUUAUGUUAAUAAUUUUUGCAUACAUUUUCCAACAAUACAUAUUAUGAAUGUAGUGAAAAGGUGUAUGAAAAAUUGAUAGUUAUAUAUCCUAAUUAUAUAAUCUUUUUCUACAAAAUCAAGUAAAUAUGUAAGUAUAAACAUAUAUACAAUUGUAUAAUGUAAUGGAUAUAUUUUAUUUUGUUGCAUUUCAUGUAAAAUGAUUAUUCAAACGUUUCUUGAGUAUUCUAGGAUUACUGUAAGAAACAGACUGAUUCGUUAUUCCUGGAACCUCAUCAUGUACAUAUCACCACAAAAUAAGAUACAUCGAUUAAUUCAUUAUACAUUAAUAUAAAUAUACACGUGGUUCAUCAUUA